GAUAUCGUCUUCCAACUCUUAACACUGAAUCUGAAUCCCAACCUAAACCAAUAAAUUCCCCACAAUUUGAUACCUUAAAGUUUAAGCAACAUAAUCCUAAAUUAUGCAGCCAUUGAUCAGCCUAGAAAUAUAGCAGCAGAGUUCUUUCGAUUUUUUUUAAGAAAAAAAUGGUGAACAGAGGCCAUAGGACAACAAGAAGAACAUCUCAUUUCUCAAUCACUCUCUACAUUUUCCUCCUCUUUGUUUUCUCAAUAUUCGUUUUCUUUUUCUAUUCUAAAGAUAUAUCAGAAGAUGAUAGAAAUCCUCUCGUAAUAUCGGAGAAGAAGGAGCCCGAAUCCGAAGAGAAUGCAGAUAAUUCUGUCUGGGAAGCUUCACACAGCCAUGGUUUACAUCCAUGCGUCAAGCCAACUGUGAGAUAUAAAGCUGCUCUAGGAUGGAAUCGCUACUUGACUGUUAAAAGUAAUGGUGGAUUAAAUCAAAUGAGGACGGGUAUAGCUGACAUGGUGGCAGUGGCACACGUAAUGAAUGCAACUUUGGUAAUUCCUCAAUUGGACAAGCGAUCGUUCUGGCAAGAUUCAAGUACAUUUUCAGAUAUAUUUGAUGAGAACCAUUUCAUUGAAACAUUACAAGGGGACCUCAGGAUUAUUAAAGAGCUUCCCAAAGAAAUAGAAUCAUUACCUCGAGCUAGGAAGCACUUUACGUCAUGGUCAGGAGUGGGUUACUAUGAAGAAAUGACACAAUUGUGGAAGGAGCAUCAGGUAAUUCAUGUUGCUAAAUCUGAUUCUCGCCUUGCAAACAAUGAACUGCCUCUUGAUAUUCAGAGAUUAAGAUGUCGUGCUCUAUAUAAUGCUCUCCGCUUCUCUCCUCCUAUUGAGAGACUUGGAAAGGGUUUGGUAAUACAUAUGAUGAAACUACAGAAGCUUGUGAACCGGCUCCGAACAAGAGCAAGUAGAUAUGUUGCACUCCAUUUGAGAUAUGAGAAGGACAUGCUAUCUUUUACUGGCUGUACGUACGGUCUUACUGAUGCAGAAGCGGAGGAGCUUCGCGUGAUGAGAGAGAAUACAAAUCAUUGGAAGAUUAAGGUUAUCAACUCAACUGAACAGAGAAUUGAUGGUUUCUGCCCUCUCACUCCGAAGGAGGUUGGAUUAUUUCUUCAGGCUCUUGGUUAUCCUCCGUCAACAUUGAUUUAUAUUGCUGCUGGAGAAAUUUAUGGUGGUAACACUCACCUCUCAGAGCUCACAUCUCACUUUCCUAAUGUUAUUUUCAAGGAAAUGCUGGCAACGCCAGAAGAACUGAGAGGGUUUGCCAAUCAUGCCUCACAAACUGCAGCACUCGAUUAUCUCAUCUCUGUAGAGAGUGAUGUUUUCAUUCCAUCACACUCAGGUAAUAUGGCAAGAGCAGUUGAGGGGCACCGCAGAUUCUUAGGCCACCAAAAAACAAUCACUCCUGACAGGAAAGGCUUAGUUGAAAUAUUUGAUAACCUGGAAGCUGGUCAGCUUGAAGGACCAUCAUUUUCACAUCUUGUCAAGCAUUUGCAUAAGAACAGGCAAGGCGCUCCAAGAAAAAGAGCUGGUGCUCCCCCGGGAGUCAAAGGCAAGGCGCUCCAAGAAAAAGAGCUGGUGCUCCCCCGGGAGUCAAAGGUCGAGCAAGAUCAAGACUGGAAGAGCCAUUUUACCAAAAUCCAUAUCCGGAGUGUAUAUGCAGUUCUAGAACCAGAGUGAGAAAAUAAAGGGGUUACUUCUUGUCUGCUUCCAGCCAGCAGGUCUCUCUUGUUCUCAGUCAUCUAAAUGCCUGAAAUCAUAUAUUUUCAACCAUCUUAUUCAACUUCAGUUUCUCUGUUCCUGAUUAUUUGUUGGCCAUUUUAGCUAUGGUGGUAACUAAGCUUUCAAUUUUUGUACAUUAGACUAGUGAUUAAGUAUCUUGGUACAUAUGCAAUAUGGCCUUUUCUUGUCCAUCUCUCACACUCCUCAAUCCCUCUUACACCAAUUUUUUUUCCAGUAUUUAUCUUUGUAAACAAAUAAUGAUAUAUUGGAAUCA